AUGCAGGUGCCGGUGGACGGCCGCGUGCUGUACGGCGUCUCCGCGGUGGACGAGUCGAUGAUCACGGGCGAGUCGCUGCCGCAGCCCAAGCGGUCCGACGACCGCGUCGUCGGCGGCACCAUCAACGGCUCCGGAGUGCUGUAUGUGCUCGUCACGGCCGUCGGCGCCGACUCGACGCUGGCGCAAAUCAUGCGCGUCGUGGCCGACGCGCAGCACCGCAAGCCGCAGAUCCAGGCCUUUGCCGACCGCAUCUCGGCCGUGUUCGUGCCCGUCGUCAUCGGCAUCGCCGUCGCCACCUGGGCGGCGUGGGCCAUCACCGGCGCGGUGGGCGCCAUGCCGCGGCCGGACGGCAACACGACCAGCCCGAUGGGCACUCUCCAGGUCGACGACGACCAGCUGCUUGCCUUCAUGUUUGGCUGCGCCUCAAUUUAUUAA